UUGAUUUUUCAUUGACCCAAGAUCUUAAUUGUUUCCUUACAUAUCAACCUAAAAGAAAACAAAAAUGCAGUUUUAAUCCUCCCACCAAAAUUUCCGCUCAUACUUCUGCAUUAAGGUUUUCCACAAGCUGAUUGAUGAAAAUGUCAAUGAGCUUGUGUGGAAACCUUUGAUGUUUUGUAUAAUUCGGGGUUUGUUCGCAAAGGAAUGAUCAUUCGAUUGAAUGAAAAAUGGAGCUUUUUACUGCAAAUUCUCUGUCCACCGAAAACAAACCUCUUGAGCUUUCAAAAUUGGUCAUAGAAGAGAAAAGCUCGGUUAAAAAGAAGAGCGAAAGCACCCUUACACUUGUGAAUCAUGGUGCAAAGAUUUGGCAAGAGAACAGGGAAAAAUGGGUGGGAGAUCAAUCUCGACAAAGAAAAAAAACUACAAAGGAUCAGAUUAUAAGCUGGUCUACUACAUAUGAAGAUCUUCUCUCAACUCAUGAACCUUUCUCUGAGUCGAUUCCUUUACCCGAGAUGGUGGACUUUCUGGUCGAUAUUUGGUAUGACGAAGGCCUUUACGAUUAGACGAAUCUAACAACGAACACGGACUAGAUUGACAAAGAACAAAGAAGGAGAGACUCAACUAUGGUGUGAUGAAGUUAAAAUAUUUAGGAGUUGUCAAAAACAUUUACAUGCAGGUUCGAUGAACUAUCUAUUUGUUGUAUCCAUAUCUCCAUUUUUACAGAAGAAGACAGUGACCACUUACAUUCUC